UCCGAAGUCGAACGCUCAAGCAGAGACGUUGUCAUAGUAACGGUAAUCCAACGUCAUUUCCUCUCAUUUAAAAACCCUCGAGCCAUCGGUAGAAGUGUAGCCUGAGGUAAAUAAGUGCAAGAGAUGAUUGUUGCUCCCCCUCACCGUCACUAACAAAACUGAGGUAGACCUCCAUACCUCUGAACGAGACAAAGAGGGAGUUUUUGAAUUACAUCCCUAAAAACACCGGGCGUUUGGAUGGUAUGGCUGAGUCGAACAGCGCGAGUUUUCCUCACACGACACCGAACGGGUCCAGUCGCCAUGAGAAGAGUUUGGGUCUCCUCACGGUCAAGUUCGUUACUCUGCUUCAAGAGGCCAAAGAUGGAGUGCUUGAUCUCAAAGUGGCUGCAGACAGUUUGGCAGUCAAACAGAAGAGGAGAAUCUACGAUAUCACCAAUGUUCUGGAAGGCAUUGGGCUCAUUGAAAAGAAGACCAAAAACACCAUUCAGUGGAAAGGGGAGAGUUCAGGCUGCCAGCCUCAGGAAGUUCUUGAGGAGGUAGAACUUCUCAAGGCAAAUAUUGCUGAUCUGGAGAUUCAAGAGAGAGAACUGAACAUGCAGAAAGCAUGUCUGCAACAAAGCAUCAAACACCUGAAUGAAGACCCCUCCAGCUGCAGAUUCAGCUACGUGACACAUGAGGACAUAUGUGAUGCUUUCAGUGGGGAUACUCUUUUAGCUGUCAUGGCACCAUCAGGAACACAACUGGAGGUUCCAGUGCCUGAGAUGGGCCACAAUGGUCAGAAAAAGUACCAAGUGAACUUGCGAAGUCACUCGGCUCCCAUCCAGGUGAUGCUGAUAAACAGAGAGACGAGCUGCUCCAAGCCUGUUGUUGUCCCCGUCCCACCUGUAGAUGACAUUUAUGCCAUGCCGACUCCUCCUAGUACUCCAGCAGGGGUGCAGAGAUUCCCCAUUUCUUCAGCGGAGUUCUGUGACCUGAAGCGUGGGCCGCUCAAAAGCCCCGCUGCAGAGCACCAACUCACACAGUCCUCCACGUCCCCCGACAUGCACAUGGAAUGCAACUCUGAGUCCCCUGUCAGUCAGUGUUUGUUGAUGCAGGGGUCUCUAGGUGGUCCUGAAGAACAGCAGAGGGAGAUGGGGGGUCAGGAUCUGCAGUCCAUGCUGGAAGAAAUGAGGGAUGAGAGAGAAGGUGUUUCUAACCUCAUUGAUGAACUGAUGUCUUCAGAUGUUUUCCCCCUGUUAAGGCUUUCACCCAACCCUGGUGUGGAUUACAAUUUCAACCUUGAUGACAACGAGGGAGUCUGUGACCUUUUUGAUGUGCAGAUUCUUAAUUAUUAAAGCAUGAUUCAUGCCACACCGGUCCACACUUGCUUUCAUAGGACAAAAGCGGAGGUAAUGAGCCCCCACCACCACCACUGCCAACGGCUGCAUUCCUGCCUCAGCGUCCGCUCCUUGAACCUUGGCUUGCACUCAGUUUCACAUUCAUUUACAUUUCAUCCUUCGCUUGGGUUCUUAAGUCCUUAACAGUGUUGUCCUGUCUGCCCUCAACUGACUAAUGUUUCAGAGGAACAGACAGGAAAGAUAAACCCCUCCCACCUGUACUUUAGACACUUGUGUGUGUCUGUUGUCUUUUUGUUUGAUACAGUUAUUAGUUUGUUUCAGUUUUGUGACUUCGCUCAUUGUUCCUAAUGAGUGAUGGUGUAAUUCACUGGGGUGAAUGGAGGGCAGUUGAAUGUAAUCUGCGGAAUUAAAACCACCCAAACAUGACACACUAAGUUUUGGCUGUACACUUGUUGGAACAUGUGCCUUACGAUCAUCUCUUUGUUCAUUAUUCUUGUCCUUUCUGUGCCAUCCUGUCUUAUUAUUCACAAUACGUUAUAAACAGUUCUAACUUUAUCUUAUCACAUAUUGUAAGCUGGAGCUCUACAAUUUGACAUGAAAACGUAUAAUAUAAUUUAACAGCACACACACUUUCAUUUGAAUGGCUCAAUUGUGUGUCUAACUAUUUAAUCACAACACUAACUAUUUGUAUGUUGGUUGUUUUGAAGUCCAUUGAUAGAAACACUGUGACACUCAUCUGUGUGUAUUUAUAUUGAGUUAUUGUUUGUCUUUGUUACUGACUGCCAUGUUGGAAUAUCACUUUGCUGUUCACCUUGUUGUGAAAAGCUCAUUUGUUUUUUAUUGUUUGUGUAGAGGCAAUCCUACCUAAUUUAAAAAGUGAACGAAUAUAAUUUGAAAUGUAGUGUUUUUGAAUCGGAGGACAGGAAGAUGUUAAACUGCCUUGGAUAAUCUUUGUUUAUACAUUCCACAAGAUUGUGCCUUACGCAGGUUUUUUUCUAUUACUGUA